CAGUAGGUCGUGCCAGUCGAGGGGGUAGAGUCUAAGUGGUGAGGAGUGGAACCGUUGUUCGGUUGUGCACCUGACACCAUGGUUGAGACACGUAUUGGCAAGAGCACUGCCCCACAGUCGGAAGCCGAACAGGCACGGAUCGCCGCCAUCCUGAGAGAGAGAAAGGAGAAGGAGCUCCUCAAACAAGCGAAGUUGAAGGCGAUAGCUGAGGARCAGGCGGCGAAGAAGAAGAAAUUGGAGGAGGAGAUGAUAAGACUACAUCAGGAGGAGGAAUAUAAAAAGAGGGCUGCUCAAGAAGAAGCAGCAACAGAGGAGGAAGAAAUAGAAGAAGAAGAACCCCUCGAAAGGAGGCGUGGGGGAGAAAGAGGAGAAAGCAGCGGUACGAAAGAAGAAGAUAAGUGGAUGGAGAAGAAGAUCAGUGAGUGGGUAGCUAAUUUAUCACUGGGGGAAGAUGAGGAGGCAAUGUUGUACGUGCCUCAAGAGGAGAACGAAGCUAUAGCCAACCAGUUCGAGGCUAUGGAAGAUCCCCUAGAUCGCCAGACGCUGGAGGAUGCGAAAAGGUUGGAGUGGAAAUUGCGUCUGGCAAGGGAGAAGAAGAGGAGGAGGGAGGAGGCCAACCGGGUGGCCAAGGAAGUGAAGAAGAUUCAGGCGUGUAGGCAGGAGGUCCAAGCGCAACAGGAAACCCCGACCAAAUUAGACAAGAUUCUGGGUUAUCUUGAGAUUUUGAGUCAAGCCUAGCUUGAACAACAUCAGCCCAAUAAGGGUCAAGAAGUGGCCCUCGGACUGGAUUUAGAGAGUUUGCGCGCAACCUGGUGACCCACGUCG